AUGGCGCUCAACUGGACUAUGCUCAGUCCAAAUCGUUCCCCAGUCCCGCUGCCCCACGAAAUGACGAUCAGAACGGUCGACAGCGGCGUCGAGCUCACGCUUGUUGUUACCGACUCGCCGCCGGCGGGCGCAGCACGCUCAGGCGGGUCGGGCGGGUCGAAGAAGCUCAAGGAGCAGGGACGCCUCUGGCUCACUGACCAUCGAGUGAUAUUCGUGUCUGACGCCACAAGGGACAAGGCGUCGUUCGAGUCGCUCUCUGUCCCGCUCAAGUCGAUCCUGUCAACCAAGUUCGAGCAGCCGUACUUGGGCUCGAACUACCUCAUCCUGGACAUCCAUCCUGCCGCUGCCGGCGGGCUGGCGGAGGGGACGAAGGCCGAGGUGCGUUUCAUGAACAAGGGGAUCUUCGAGUUUGCGAGCGCCUUGGACAAGACACGCGAACGCGCGCUGUACAUGAGGCGGCAGUCGGCGGAUGAGGAAGAGGGUCUUCCAUCUUACUCGACUCCGGGUGACGCUCCAGGGCCGUCGUCGUAUGUUCCUGCAUCGAAUGUUCCUAAUGACAGCCCUCCAAGCUACGAAGCCUAA